AUGAGUGCAACAAGAGGACACGCUCUGGGUCUCUGCCGCAAGCUCCCCGCCUUGAACCCCCUGGGCCAAUAUCAAGUGAGGUUCGCGCACAAGCGGAUAAGAUGGCGGCGCAGCAGGCUCAUCAAGGCCACCAUCGCCAUGAGGGACAAGAUCGUGCCCUUUGAGCUCCCUCUCCGCGCCCUAGACCUCGACGCCGAGGGCUCCCCAUACACGCGCAACUUUGACGACAGGGACACGGCCCACCAGCACCACAAAUGGCGCACUGUCGACGCGGACCUGGAGGCCGCCAUGGAGAGGCUCGGGCGCGUGCCCGAAGAGGCCGCCGCCGCCAUGGAGCGGCGCAAGGUGACCAGGGCGGCGCCGUACCACCCUUGGCGCAUCAACGAGCACGACGCCCUCUCGGCCGCUCUCACGGGGCUUGAGAGACCGGCCGGUCUCCCCGAGGAUCCGGACGCCGAGCGUCGCUACGGGGUGCUUGCGCAAGCUGCGCACCACAACGCCGCCCGCUCCUCCGCCAUGGAGGCGACGUCGACUGUUGUCUUGUUCAUGCUGCGCGAGCUGCAGCGACAGCCGAGGCCCGAGACCUUGGAUCGCAUAAGCUAUGCAGAUCUCAACUCCCGGAUCCGUCAGGCGAGCAGUCUUCUAGAGCUCCGCAGGCUGGUCUUCCCCGCCAUGUCUACCGUCACGCAGUCUGACAAGGAGCUCGCGGCGUGCGGUGCCGAGAUCGCCGCAGCUAUCCGGCGGGUGAAUGGGCUCUCCAAGGAACAGGCCCCCAAAACACUCACUCUACUCAACAACAUACAUAUCAACCUUGAGUCAAGAGGCAUAACAGAGAUACCCAGAUCGCUGUGUCUCCUAGGUCUUGAAGCUGCGGUUGCUUGCUCCGAGCUCGAAGCGGCACAGAAAUACGUCGAAAUCGGGCUGCGCCUGGGUCACUUUUCUUCUCCUGACGAAGAGGUGACUCACCUUGUCGCCUCCUGCCUCAAGCGCAUGCUUGACGACAACCUUGGCGCUCGCCCAAGUUUUCAUUGGAGACCGCCGCCGCAUAGGAACCAGCAGUCCGAGCUCUUCCGACUUCUCACAGGCUGGAGCCUAGGUCACAGCCGCGCCCAGCCAUCCAUACGCGACAUCAUCUGGGGCUCGGGCUCUUACGAUCACGCCCACAAAGCCUAUUUCUGUCUGCUGUGGCAGCUCGGCGCUACCCGUACAGCCGGCCACGAGAUAGAGUCGGCUGGCUCGUCGACAAUACAGCGCCUCCGGUCCACAGACAGUAGCUCCGCCGGCCCCGAGUUACAGCUCAUCAGCAAGACAUUCACAUAUACAUUCCCCAAGCUGGCUUCAGAGCUCAAGGCCGGCUCUCUAGGCGCAUACCUCGACGAUGUCGCCAACGAUCUAGCCAAGUUCAACCACGUGGGGCCGACCAUUCUCCCUGGUGACCAUCUAGACGCCAAGAAUAGCGACCAUGAUGAGAAUUAUGGGACCCGCCCUUAA